CCAUUUUAAAUCAGUACACAUACGUUCUAAUAACGCUUCAUCUGGGAUAUUUUUUAAAUUUUUAUCGAAAAGGUAGCUCCGUGUACUAUACACUUUUUUUUUGUCGUCCUCAAUUUUAAAUAUUUUCGCAGCCGAAUAUAUGCGUGCAUCCAAAUAUUAUUCUUCGUCGAUUAUAUAUUUGCUUCAUGUUUUACAUGAAAAUUCUUAGCAUUUUGUGUCAGCAAAUCACACAAGUGCAUGGAAAGUGUGCUAUAAAUAAAACACCAAAGUACCAAUACUUGAAAUUCAGGCAUUCGUACAUACUAUUCUCAUCUGUAUACAUUAAUUACACGAAUUACAUUAGAUACACGAAUUAAAUUAGUUGAAGAAAAAUUAAAAAGCUAAAAGUUUAGAAGCUAAAAAAUUCUUAUCUUUAACAAAAUUUGAUAAACUCUAUUAUAAGAUAAACAAAUAUGUCGACCCCACGGCCAGAAUCACUUUCACCCACCAACUGUGCCGUGUGCCAAACUCCUGCUAAACUUUACUGCUCAGCUUGCAAGAUGGUCAAAUAUUGCGGCGCCGAGCACCAAAAGCAACACUGGAAGCAACAUAAAUCGGAAUGUCGGCCAUUCCGCAUGGCUGAAGAUAAGGAUUUAGGGCGUUACUUAAAGUCCAAGCGCAGCAUUAAAGCAGACAGUGUCAUUUUUACUGAAACUCCCAUUAUUGUCGGUCCAAAAUGGUAUCUGAACGAGCGCGAAGAACAAGUGCCAGUUAUGCCAUGUGUGGGCUGUUUCACACCCUGCCGUAUGGGAAUUCAUUACUGCCCGAAAUGCCAAUGGCCAACAUGUUCGGCGAAUUGUGGCGGUUUGGAUAAUGCAGACCUCCAUGGCGCUGAAUGUGCCAUACUCAUGUUGGGACCUGGUCCAGCUUCUUCAGAACCACGCUCACUGAUCGACUACUUUCGUACGGACGCCUUAGUUGUGCUGAAGUGUUUAUUAUUGCAACGGCAAAAUCCGAAAAAAUGGGCCGAACUGAUGGAUAUGCAAAGCCAUGAGAAGGAGCGCGUGGGCUCUGAAUUACACGAUGAUGCCGAAAAGCGGAUUGUGUCCUAUCUACAACGGAACUUCCUGCAACGACUAAAAAGCGUAGAACAAAAACAAAAGCAAAAAUAUCUGCACGAGUAUGACAACGCGGUACUGCACCGCAUUUGUGGCAUCAUCGAGACGAAUUAUAUGUGUAUUAAUUUGCCAUCAGGGAUUGAAUUGAGCGGCGUUUACUACAUGGCGUGCAUGAUGGAGCACGCCUGCCAACCAAACUGCUACUUUCAAUUUGAUCAGCGCAACGGCUUUAAGAUAUCCAUUAUAGCCGGCAGAGAUAUUGAGCGCGACGAGCACCUCAUCAUCAUGUACUCGAAUAUGCUGUGGGGCACACAGAUGCGUCAGGAGCACUUGGCCAUGACGAAGCACUUUCUAUGUAAAUGUGAACGGUGCCGAGACCCCACAGAAUAUGCCACCCAUUUUAGUACAAUGCUUUGCAUGGGCGAUGAGGGAAAAUCUUGUGACGGCAUACAAUUGCCGAAGGAUCCACUGGAUAUGAAGAGCGAUUGGGCAUGCAACAAGUGCCCGAUUACCAUCAGCGGGGAGGAGGUAAGAUAUCUUCUCACACAAAUGACCGAUGAGAUUGAAAGCCUGUUGGCACGCAAGCCCACAGUGAAGCAACUGGAGGCGCUUAUUGAGAAACUAUCAAAGUUUUUGCAUCCGCACCAUUACCAUUUGUUCAAUUUGAAACAUACGCUGAUUCAGUUAUACGGCACCGAGUCUGGAUAUUUGCUUGGAAAAUUGGACGAUGGGCUCUUGACUAAGAAACUACAACUUUGUGAGCAGCUUUACGGGAUCUGUCAAAAACUAGACCCUUAUACCAUACGCUUGUCAAUUUACGUUGGCAUUAUACUGUACGAAAUGCAAACAGUUCUGGUUGAACGAGGUAAACGUCUGCUUGCCAACGCCAAUAAAACCGAAGAUGAUGCAUCGAGGGCAUUGGAUGCGUUUAAUUUAGCUCGCGAGAAACUUCUAAUAGCAGCCAAAGUCCUGGAAAAAGAGUUGGAUAAUGUCGCUGGCAGCAAGUUGAGUGAUGCUGUACUGAAGGCGCUUAAUGACGUUUAUAAAGAGCAACAGUUACAUAAUUAAUCAGUAAUUUUCAAUAUGCAUAUUUAAUAAAAAUACAGUGUAAUUACAAUAGAAUUUGUUUAACUUCAUAAAGUUAAACUUUUUUCACAGUCAGAUGUACAUACAUAUUUUUCGCCAUAUAAGAAACAAUGACAUCUUAUUUGCAAAAAUUGUGGUGUUUUUCGUCUUGAUUGAUUAUACAUUCUCAAAGGUAUAAUAUAUCACGAUUCCAACAAGUAAGGCAAUCUGUGUGACGAUUUGGAUGUCAGGUUAACUCGGACUAAAUCCGGAUCAAUUGAAGUUAAUUCCCGAGUUGAUAUGGAUCAACGCUGCCGUCUGUUUAUGUUUUAACACAAUUUUGUCUCGGAAAAUCCAAAAUUUUAUACACAUAGAAAUCGAGCACUGCGCUAAAGCAAAUUUCACUUUAUAAUCACAAAACGUAUAGUAGAUAGGGAUGUAAAGACAUCGAUGCCGAGCCCGAGGACGACCUCUGGAAAUGGUUUUGUGCAGCAUAGCGUACUAACGGUAUGCAAUGGCCAAUCACAGCGCAUAUUCUAUUUUACAACGCCGAAGACGACCUCUGGAGGUGGUUUUGUGCAACAUAGGGCCAGUUUUCCAGUACACGGCCGUAGUUUAAACUAAGUUAAAGCGCCCGAUCUGGGUGGUUUAAGCUAAGAUCAGACAAUCAAAUGUCCGCCAGCUGUUCAAUUUAAACUCAGUUGACUUAAUCUAAGUUUAAACUGGCACUGAAAAACUGGCCCGUAGCGUACUAACCAGUGUUGCCGUUUUGAUCCAUAUACUUCAAAAGUGGUUCGUGCUUGUGCAAAUUUUCGGAAGAUACCUUUAUUUACUUAAAUUUU